AUGGCAGAUAACACCACGACUCUGUGGAAAACAACUGUUAUUGUCAGUAGUUCUCUUCAGAAUGAUGAAAUUUCAGUGCUGCUUUUAGCACAACAACAUCUACUUCGUUAUUCAGACAGUAUUGAAGCCGGUACGCUCGUCUUUCCGCUCUCAGGUGUGGCGUUCUUGUUGAUUACCCCAGAGGAGUUUCCUGAAAAGACUGAGUGUGAAGAAUUCUUUCAAAGGAUUGAAAAGUUCAUCCAGGUCCACAGAAACAGCUUUCUUUUGCUCCAGGUAUCAGCAUAUGGUGCAAGAGAAUUGGAGAUUGUGUCUACAGUGCAGAACAGAUUCUUUGGCGGUAAUCUCAAAGUCUUACCUGUCCAUAGUGAUGGGGAUGCAGUCAAGGGAAUGCUGAUCAUCGCUAAAGCCACUAGUAAACCACACGUGGAUAGUGUGCGGGAGCGGAUGCAUUUAGCUCGAGCUCACAUCAUCAAACGCAGCCUUGAAACUUUGUUAUAG